AUGGGGGCGGACUGGGACGACCGGCGCUCAGAAAGCUUCGAAGCUUCCCCCGAGAAGACGGCCGGCAAAACUAUUUUUGUAAAGUUCUUUGCUCCCUGGUGUGGUCACUGCAAGAGCAUGAAACCAGCAUGGGACAAGUUGAUGGAGGACUACAAAGAGCAUUCCAGCAUACUAGUGGCCGACGUGGACUGCGUUGGUGACGGAAAGACCAAGUGCGACGAGGUCGGCAUCAAAAAUUUCCCAAGCAUCAAGUACGGGAACCCAAACAACUUGGAGGACUACACGGGAGGAAGAGACCUCCCGAGUCUGCAGAAAUUCGCACAGGAGAGUCUUCGACCGACUUGCGGGCCGGAGAACAUCGACUUGUGUGACGUGCUCAGCCGGAAGCAGCUGGAGGAGUACAUGGCAAUGCCUGCAGACGAGCUUAAUUCAAAAAUCAGGGAGCAGGAAGCAUCCAUUACAGCAGCAGAGAAGGAAGUGGACGAGCUUCUGAAAAGCAUGCAGAAGGAGUACGAGGAGGCAAAGAUUGCCAAGGAGAUAGCAUUCAUUAUCGUAUUGUGUGCCGCCCUCUGCACACGAUUCUGGCCUUGGACUCAUGAGAUUAGUCAAGGAGCAUCGGAUCAAGCUGAGAAGCGAUUUAUGACCUCUCGGAUGAAAGGAGCUGUGAAUCACAUAGGCCCUCGAACUGGUCGCUCGCCCGGAGGGGGAAUGAGAGAGUUGAGCCAUUUGACUAUGACGGGUGAGGAGGUGCGCAUCCGCCGGGCACAGGGCAAGCUGUCGGCAUCAGGCCGAGAGGACCCCGAAAGGUGUCAAAGCUCUUGUGCCACAGAGCGGAGCGAGGAGCGAAGUGCAACGCCGAGCCGCCCAGGCUUCGAGUUUGACGGCAAGGUGCCGAAGUACCUCAAGCUUAGCUGUGUGCUGAAGCCCCGGGCACAGCAGCCGCCGCCUCGACGCCGGCGCCGUCGGCCUCGUGCACUUCCGCAGCACAGCGAAGCCGAUGCCGCUGCUGCGCAGGAAGCCCUGAACAUCGUGGUUGCCGAGGCUGCAACCCCCAUCCGCUUGCGGGGCGCCGGAGGGGAGGUGCGGUUACCCGCCGAGACCUGGCUGGUGUUGGAUGCUGCUGCUGCCUCAAGGCUCCCUGAGGUAGUGGGUGACUUGCCGCUGGGCAGCGAGGCAUCGGGGCACAAGGCCUUCGUGCUGGAAAAGUUUGUACCAGCUCUGCGUCUGCUAGAGGACGCUCAGCUCAACUGGGCUGCAGCGCAGGCAAACUUCGUGCGCUGCUCGCGGGGGGCUUGUUUCCUGGCCUUGAAGCAUGCCGCCUUCGUUCUGAAGGUGCUGGCCACACGGCAUGCGCUGGACGAAACAGAGGCGCAGGGCGUGGACAACUUGCCGCAGCUGCGGACAGUUCUGGCGGACAUCGAUGACAAAGUCAGUCGUGCUGCAGGGCUAGUCGGUAGCCGGGCAGCAGCUGCCAUGAAGAGGCCGGAGACACCGCCACCGCGGCUCGUCAAGCCCAAGCCGGAUAAGAACGAGGUGGCUCCGGAGGCCCCCAGCCCGCGCCACACAGCGCUGCGAAGAGGCUUGCAGGCCCAGACCGACUUCACUGCGUUUGCAAACAGAAGAUUCGGGAACUGCGUGCGCUUGUGGUUCGUUCUGGAUCCCGAGGAGCACCUGAAGCUGGCCAAUAAGCAGUUUGUCCGGGGUUGCGAGGAGAUCGGAUUUUCCGGCUGCUUGACGACCCUGUGGCGACAGCUGGACCACGAUGGCUCAGGUAGCAUACUCUUCAGUGACAUCGACCCAGAGUCUGCCAUGCAGCUGGCCGACCUCAAGGUGAUCUUCACUCAGCAGUUCGAAGGAAGCGCCGAGAAGUUCAUGAAAUCUGUGGACUCCAAAGGCAGCCAUCGAGCCAGCAAAGAUGAAUUUGUGCGAGCGAUGGAUGCGUUGAACUGCCCUCCCGGGACAUCCCGGAGACUCUUUGACUUGCUUUGCCGCUACAACUGCACCACAAUUUCGGUCAAAGACCUGUUGUUCCUGCAGAGGUGGACCCCACCACCGUUUUACUUUGUCCGCGGCGACUUGCGGCUGCUCAACAGCUUCCGGAGCGCCCUGGCCGAGCUCCACGGGAGCGCUCUGCGUGCCUGGUUCCGGCUAUGGGAUCCCGACCAGCUGUUCCGGAUCUCUUGGUUCCGCUUUCGGCUUGGUGUCGCGAACAUCGCACGCCGCCAUGGCGGCCUCCCCAACAUGGAGGAGGACGCAGCCAAGGUCUGGAGGACGCUGGACGAGGAGUGCUUCGGCUGGGCGACCCUGCGCACCUUCUACCCCGAGGCUUUCGAGGCUGCGACUCGAUUGAAACGCUGGGCGACCCUGAGCCAUGGCAGCGUGGCGGUGGUCUCAGUGCAACUUGUCCUCAGGAGCAGAAGUCCGCCCGUCCCCAUCCCCGGCCCCUCAGAGCAAAUGCCACUGAGCCACGAGACUUGGGCAAUCGCCCGCCGACGUGCGAUUCAUGACAAGGUCUCUCGGAAGGUAAGGUUGCCCAACGUAUCCAAGACGCAAGAGGUGCUGGAAUUGCAGCAUGUCGACGCAUGGCGACAUAGCAAACAAGACAUGGUGGCAAUGGACGACUGA